GCGUGGAAAACGCACCAACUCUGGUCGUCGAUCGUGCCGCGUUAGUAAAAAAUGAACGCAUACAAGGUUAUAUCGUGAUCGAACACGGUAAAUUUAUUAAUUCGCGCAGAAUAUUUCUGUAUGGAAAAAAGAAUCUACGCACGCUACAAUAUCUGUUCGUUACGAGGAGCGUGAAGGAAGAGGUGCAUUUAUUCGCGAGAGAUUUGUUGAACGCCGGCUAUCGGGACGUGGCAUUUCUGAUGUUCGAUGACACGGCCACAAGUACGAUUAUUCGUGCAAGCGCAACGGGAGACGAGAUUACAUCGAGAUCCGUAGGAUCCUGUACGUCGGUCACGAACGAUGUGGAUCAGAUUCCGGCGUUCGCCGCGGAUUCCCGUCGAUUUUGCCCGCUCGGUGGCUGCAUCAUGAAAUACGCGAUAGUCACGGAUGCGACAGUGAGCUUCUGGCGCAAAGAGGACACGCUCAAACUGAAACGUAACGAAACACUGCAAGCAGUGGGCGCUCUCCUCAUCGAAGACUUCGGGAAACAAUACAACCUGACCGUCGACUCCAGCACAGAAAUAAACAUACCUUGGCCCGAUGCCUUCGAAAAGCUCAUGAAUCGUGACAUAGACAUGAUAGCAGGGCCGAAACCCGAAGAUCUACAAAUCUUAGACAACGUUGAAGUCAUCUGCUGGUAUAUGUUCCGUGAUAUGGUGCUCGCCAGUUUGGUUCGCAUUAGAACCAUCGAGAACGACAUUUUAAAGCUAGUAAUGCCGUUUCAUUAUUUCGUCUGGAUCAUCGUGUUCUUUGUAUUCAUUGUUUACACUUUCCUAUUGAUUGUGUUGAGAAAAUUGUCGAGCAUGGGUUUGAUCAAAGAACAGGUGAAAUUUGCACAUAUUUGGGCGAUCUCGUUGUCUCAAAGCAUCACGUUGCCAAGAAACAUUGGUUUGCGUCUGGUGCUGCUUUUGUGGAUAAUCUUCUCCCUUUAUUUGAGCAUCACUUAUAAUAGCACGUUUACCAGCUCGCUGGCUCAAGUCGACACUGAGGAUCUGCUGCAGAAUCUCGAGCAAGUACGUGACUCUGGUCAACCACUCAGCGGACCAGGCGUCGUACGCUCCUAUUUCAACAAUUCCGACGAUCAGUUCAUCAUAGAUUUGUAUAAAAGAUACGAAGUACUUGGACCCGAAGAAGCACUUGAUAGUAUAUUCAAGAAGAAUGGAUUCGCCGUGUUGCAACAUUUCACCGUUGACAGGAUGAACUGGGAUUACAGGAAUAACAGAAGUCUUCGGAUGUACACACUACCAAAACCAAUUUUCAGAUUCCCAGUUUUCUUCUUUGCAAGAAGAGGAUACAUGUAUCGAAGGCUUCUUCGACGACUCAUUACAAAGUAUCGAGAAACAGGGAUGAUAAAGAAACUCAGUAGUCGAUUGAUGAUCGAGGAAGACCAGCAAAUCGUUUUUAAUCAAGAUUCGGAUGAAAUUUUGACUAUGAAGCAUCUCCGUCCGAUUUUUGAGAUAUGCUUCGUAUGUCAGGGUAUUGGUUGUUUAAUAUUCCUCAUCGAAUUAUUAGUGGCUCGUAUUCUGAGAGAUUCGUUAUAGUAUUCAUUGCUCGAUUUUUAAUUUUAUUAGUUGAAUCUUUGAUUAAUUAUAUUGAUGAAAGAUCAGUCAUUUGAUAUCAAUAUAGUUAACAUAAUUAUUUCUAUUAUUAUACUCAAUGUUAAGUACGAAUAAGUGGCGCAGAAAUGAGCGUGAUAAACUACUUUAUGAUAUAUAUAGAAGCGAGACAAGUCCGAAGCAGGAAGUACAAAUAUGUCUGUUUGCGUAAGAACGCGACAAAUCCUUGUUUUACUUCUUUGAGAGUGUUUGGUUUCCUGUUAUUGCACCCGAUCCUUUCAUUAAGUAUGACGUAAAACGUGACGCUAUAUAUUUUGAAGGCUUUCGUGAAAUAUUCCACCGGUUUGCAUAUAUCAAAUUGUCCUUGAAACGAGUUUUUGAAGGUUCACAGAAUGUUGCGUCACGUUUCUUCGUUCCCGCGGAACAAUAAUUCUUCGAUAUUACACAAUCUGUAAGAUACAUUAUCAUAAAAUGCAUUUCAUUGAGUUUAGUAUUUGUGCUUGGUUGUGAAGCAAUGUUGCGGGACAAAUUUAUCGAACGAAAGGGAAAACAUCGCGCAUGUUGUCGACGAGCACCAUUCACCAAUAAAUCUGAUUUUCCAAAUUGUUCCGUGCACCGUUGCACGACAAAUCGUUCAACAUCAUUGUUUAGGAGUAUUCUCUCCAACUCGUUCGUACGGAGCUGAUUCGUUUUGUUUCUUUGCCAAGACGGUCCAUUUAUUUUGCAACACGUGCACGCGAAACUCAACGUAAUGGAACCUAUGUUUUCCUCUACAAAAAUACCUUGAUUCGUGAAAUUUUCUGCCAUGUUGCAUUGUAUUUUUCAUUGAUUUAUUAGCAAUUGAAAUGUAUACUAAAUUGAUUAAUAAAAAGCAGGUAGUAUAGAACUUAAACAGUGUGGGACUAAGAUAAAUUUUUUAGAGACAGUGGUAAAGUAAAUAUACCUAGAAACAUAUCUUAUUUUUAAGAAAAGCAAGGUCAAUCUUUUCUUUGUAUGUUGUUAUAUUGUAUUUUUUACCAUUUAAUUGGUAAUUAAUCUAUUUGACCAUUAGAAGUCUUUAGAAUUCUUUAAAGACUGUCUAGAGUUGAAUUGAUAAAAUCUUUUUAUUCUUAAGAAAAGUAAGGUGAAUCUUUCAUUCUGAUUUACCGUUAAUGUUAAUUCUUCGCAAAAUACAAAGUCUUUCCUUAAGAUUCUUUUCUUUUCCUUUCAUCUUUCUUUUCUUCAGGCUCAAAUCAGCUCGAUAUUUCUUUUUGUUUAGAGAUAAUACUCCUUUGAAAUCACGAUGCAUCGCCGUAAAA